CGAACGGACAUGACACCAGCAUUUUGAUUUUGAAGCUGGUCUUCUUUUUCGUCUUCUUCUUAUUUUUAUCGGCUUGCCUUCAGAACGCGAGCGCAAAUGUCAAAACAAAAUUUGUCAGUUUGCUCCACUUGACAGUUUGCUUUCAGAGUUUGAUUCAGAAUCGUCGAUUUGCGUGUUGCGUGUGUCAUGUCCGUUCGUCCGUGGUCGUAGAAAAUUCAAAUAAAAUGGGACGGAAGUGCGAGGUUUCGCGUGAUCCAACAAGCGAAACGGAAUGGAGCUAGGUGCAUUUUGCGGAAGAAGAUUUCCGGAUUCGGGGUCGACCAGGCAGAGGGCUUCGAUUCGGGACCGUUCCGCAAAUUGUUGGCUGUUCAUUUCUUCCCUCCCAUGUGGCUCAGGCUGGAACAAGCCGUUUUGUGGGAGAGGAUUUACGGCAUCAUGGACCGGGCCAAGGUCUUGGAACCGUACCGCGCAUGAGGAGUGGCUGGAAUCCGAGGACGAGAUGAACGAAGACCCCACCAGCCAAGUUGCCCUUGGACAUGCGAGCGAGUUAAACGAUGACCUUGGUGGCCCAUGUGACCAGGAGGACAAAGAAAAGUGGACCGGCAACUCUAACAGUACGAUCACUCCACAUGGCGAGGACGUGUUUAACGGCAACCCGCUUGGUUCAGCAGAACUGUCUGUUUUCGUCCACGUUUGGUUGAAUUCCGAGGAGCAGUUGGAACCUGGCAGCUCGUACAUAAUCAUGAAUAGAAAAUAUAGCUGAAUAUGAUCAACCCCCUACGCCUAUUUCAAUCAACGGACGGAGCCAAAACUGAUACGUUCGCCCGGAAGUCAUUGGUGCAUUAAAAAGUGAACCCUCGAUCGUGCUAGAAUGGAUGGGACAAGCGAUUAUCCAGAGUACUGGUACGCAGUGCGAUCAUCAUACUUGUUGAGCUAAUAAAAAAAGUGGGAAAAUCUAAACUUCAUUGCGUUUUAUUUCAACAAACCAAACCUUAUUAACUUAUCUCUCUCACCGACAGACUACCUCACCUACAAACGCCGACGGAACAAACGUUUGGUAACCUUUCACAGCCUGACCUCCCCCCCUUUAUUUUGGCAGUCAAUUCUUUAAUCCAUGCUCCACUCUCCACUGUAAAUCCACCUCUGCGAGACAAUCUAGACUCGUUUCAGAACUCGUUAAAAAACAUGAUGCUGCAUCGUGAGCAAAAUGACAAAAAACUCAAAUAUCCAGGAAAAUUGUUAAACAAAAUAAACUAACUUACUAAAUUUAACAUAAAGUUUGCACAUCCUGCUUGUUUUGUUUACUUUUAUAUUUAUGAUUCGCUCCAGAUAGUAUUGUUGAUAUCAAUCAAAAAUGUAGAACUAACGUUAGCGCAACAUGAACUGCGCGCAAUGUAAAGCUAUUGGUAGCGGAUAAUGAUAAUGACAUUUUUCAAUCACCGCAGCAUGACAACAUUUUGACGGAAAGUGGAAUAACAUCAAAAUAAAUAUAGUUCGCCAAUGUGAGCACAGACGGCGCUAGUGUUUCAUCGCGGUUUUAACGUAUUUUUAUAUGGCUGAAAUUUGAAUUUUGCCUCAGAAAAAUGAGUCAAAUUUGUUCGUGGUGUCAUGUCCGUUCG